UAGAGAGAAACAAACACACAGAGAGAGAGAGAGACGCGGCAUGGCUUCCUCUGCAACCAUGUCGGCGGUGCUGCUACUGGUGCUGGCGGCGGCGCAGCCAGCGCGGGCGUGCUUCUCGCGGGUGUUCAGCUUCGGGGAUUCACUGGCGGACACGGGCAACUACCGCUACGUCUACGGCAACGACACCGGGCCGAGGCUGCCCUACGGCGAGACCUACUUCCACCGAGCCACCGGCCGCUUCUCCAACGGCCGCAUCGUCGUCGACUUCAUCGCGGACGCGCUGGGGCUGCCGUUCGUGCGGCCGUACUGGAGCGGACGGACCUCGGAGGACUUCGCCGGAGGGGCCAACUUCGCCGUGGGUGCCGCCACGGCGCUGAGCCCGGAAGUCUUGUGGGAGCACGGGUUCGCCGCGGCUAGGGCCGACUUGGUCCACCUCGACAUGGAGAUGAAGUGGUUCCGCGACCUGCUCCACCUGCUCUGCCCCACCGAUUUAACCGACUGUGUGGACAUGAUGAACAAAUCUCUUUUCUUGGUUGGAGAAAUUGGGGGAAAUGACUACAAUGUUCCUCUUACCUCUUUGGUGCCUGUUGAGAAGAUUCGCUCGUUCGCUCCGAGCGUUAUUUCCAAAAUUUCAUCUAUAAUCACGGAUCUGAUCGGAUUGGGAGCCAAAACUCUAUUAGUUCCCGGCAACCUCCCAAUCGGGUGCUUGCCAGUGUACCUCACAAUGUACCAGAGUGAUGACACGGGGGAUUAUGAGUCAGACACGGGAUGUAUCCGUUGGAUGAACGAGUUCUCACGCUACCACAACAAACUUCUUGUGGAUGAGCUGGAAAAGUUACGGAAACUUCAUCCUAGUGUGUCGAUCAUCUAUGCUGAUUACUAUGGAGCUGCUAUGGAGAUAUUUGUUUCCCCUUAUCUGUUUGGGAUCGAGGAUCCUUUGGUGGCUUGCUGCGGUGUAGAAGGGCCUUAUGGUGUUUCAGUAACCACAAAGUGUGGACAUGGAGAAUACAAGGUGUGUGAUAACCCACAAAAGUAUGCAUCUUGGGAUGGCUUGCAUCCCACAGAAACGUCAUACAGGGCCAUUGCUGAUGGUUUGCUAAGAGGCCCAUACACCCAGCCUCCAAUUGCCACCACAAAAAAUUCAUGUUCAAAACUUACCGAGCUUGUCUCGUCUGCGAAAUACAAGGUUCUCUAUGAUUUGUAAUUUUGUAACAUAUAUGUGAACUAUUAAUGUAUGAAAACUUGCCUAAUGAUAAACAUAUUUGGCAUGGCUA